GCGCCUUCACUACGUACCUGGCCUACGUCAAUACGACAUCGUUUCCAUGUAUUAUUCUGUUCUGCAAUUGUUACCCAACCCAUUCCCAUUUUUCGUCUUUCUUCUCAUUUUGUCCCAGAAAUUCGCGAAGGAACCUGGCUCUGCUGCCGCAUUCAACCAUGGCUUCUGGUUCUGAUCUUGCGUUGGCCGUUUCCUCUGAACUCGAGUCGGUUUUGAGGUUGAAGACCGUUGACUAUUUUAUUACGAGGAGGCCAUGGCUUGAUCUUUAUGGAGUUAAUGUUAGACCUGUUGCGCCUUUUGGGAGUGCAAGUAGGAGGCCUUACGUGGAUCCUGCACUUAUACAUCGCUCCUUACCUGAUGAGCUGCUUUUUGAAGUCUUUACUCGAAUGACUCCAUAUGACUUGGGGAGGGCAGCUUGUGUGUGUCGAAAAUGGAAGUACACAAUUCGUAAUCCUGUAUUUUGGCGCAAUGCAUGCUUGAAGGCUUGGCAGCUAUCUGGGAUUGUGGAAAACUAUAAGAUACUUCAAUCAAAAUAUUAUGGAUCAUGGCGGAAAAUGUGGCUGUUACGACCAAGGUUGCGGACUGAUGGUCUUUAUGUGAGUAGAAAUACCUAUAUUCGAGCUGGAGUUGCUGAGUGGAAAAUCACUAAUCCCGUACAUGUGGUCUGCUAUUUCCGGUACAUGAGAUUUUUUCCAUCUGGCCGAUUCCUUUACAAGAAUUCAUCAAUGAAGAUCAAGGAUGUGGUGAAGUGUAUGAAUUUUCGAUCAUCUAAAGCAGACUGUGUUUUUGGUGGCCACUACACAUUGUCAGAUGACAAGGUUGAAGCUGCAGUCUUAUAUCCAGGCAUGCGACCUACUGUUUUGAGGAUACGCUUAAGGAUAAGGGGAACUGCAGCAGGGGCUAACAAUCGGAUGGAUUUGAUGUCACUUGUCACUAGUGGUGUAAACAGUAGUGAAGCAAGUGUACCUGAGGAGGACAUUCUUGGGGUUGUUGAAGGAUGGCAGGAUGACGAAACACACAACCCAGAUGUACCAGCUGUCUCACAUAAGAGGGGCAUGACUCCCUUUGUCUUUGUUCCGUUUGAAGAGGUGGAAACAUCAGUUUUGAAUCUUCCGGUGGAGAAAAUGGAUUACUUUGUGCCUGGUUGAAUGUUAGGAUGCCUCGGAAUAGAAUUGGCUCAUUUGUAAAUAUUACACAACUUGAAGUCAUUAAAUUUGUAUAUUUGUAUCUAUGUGUAGCAGUGUCGUGAUGAGAUUGAUUUGGUUCGUUUUGCAGAAUCAUCCCUUUAUUUAUGCACCUGCAUAACGGGAAUAAUUGUAGUUUUUUAGCAAAUCAUGGAUUCGGUUGUUGAAGAUAUGUUGUUAUAAAACUAUAAAAAAAUUGUGUAAGACGUGUUGGUAGAGGAAUUGGGUGAUAAA